AUGACCAACUUCAAUCAAGAAAAGGCAUAUGCGCCGCAAGAAGAUGGGGCGGCUUUCUUCGACGAUGGCCGUGAAAUUGAGCUUUUGCAUUUCGUCUACUCGCAUCCCCAUCUGGCAGACAUCCGCGGAUCCCCGGAAAAGGUUCUCGAGGCCAUUGAUGAAUUCGGACGAACGAAAAAAUACUUGAUGAAUGUUGGCGAAGACAAAGGCCACAUAGUAUCAAAUCUCAUCAAGGAAGUGAAGCCUAAAGUGAUGGUCGAACUAGGAGGCUAUGUCGGUUACUCGUGCAUACUUUUCGGCAAUGCGGUUCGCAAAGCAGGUGGUCAGCGUUAUCUCAGUCUCGAGAUGAACCCGGAGUUUGCCGCAGUUAUCAUGUCUUUGGUUGAUCUCGCUGGUCUUGGAGAUAUCGUCAAAGUCAUAGUUGGCGCAAGUGAUGCUUCCAUUGUGCGAUUGGUUUCCGAAGGCCAACUUGAUCAUAUUGAUCUCAUGUUUCUCGAUCAUUACAAACCGGCCUACACGACUGAUUUGAAGCUAUGCGAGGAGCUCAAGUUAAUCACUCCGGGGUCCGUUAUGGCUGCUGACAAUGUCAUCAAACCUGGAAAUCCCCCUUAUCUUGAGUAUGUGAGAAGAACCGUGGAGGAGAAGAAAGAGAACUUCGGGGAGCACGUAAAGAGCAAAGGAAUUCCGGGCAAGACUGUUGAUCAGUACAAGAAGCGGUACGGGGAGAUGCAAUUCAACCAGAGCCCCGGUAAUCCAAAUCUCGUGUACGAGAGCAAGUUGAUUAACAGCUUUGAGCCCACUGGCGUGCUGGUAAGGUUAUUCUACCAUGUGAAAUAUUAA